AUGCCUUCGCAGCUCGGCUACUGCAGCGGCGGCCCGCUGCCGCCACCGGGAGCAGGAACUCCGCGCACUCUUGCGGAGGCUCUGCUCCGCACCGCCAGUCAGAGGCCUGACGGUGGCCUGACCGUGUACGAGCGAGCCUCCAGCGCGGGGAGCGGCGGCGGCGCGCUGUUCCUGAGCUACGCAGCCCUGCUGAGCGCCGCGAGGCGAGUCGCCGCUGGGCUGCUGCACGAGGCGGUGCCUCGUGGAGCGCCCGUCGUGCUCCUGCUGCGGACGCGCGCGGCCCAGCUGGUCGCUCUGUGGGGCUGCGUGCUGGCGGGCGUGCGGCCGUGCCUGCUGGCGACCGCCGCAGGGGCCGCCGACCAGGCCCUCCCCGCGUUCCUGGGGCGGCAGGCGGAGCGCCUGGCUGUGGUGGUUCUGACGCUGCAUGGCGAGAGAGCGCUCCCGAUGCCCCAGGUGCGUCAGCUGCGCGUCGACACCUGGUUGAACGACGAGCUCGAUCUGCAGCAAGCACUGCCACGCUCGGUGCUCGAACGUGGCGAGACUGUAGCCACGGUGGUGGCCGGCGACGGCCCCGAGUGCGAGUACCACUUCACGGGCGCCGCGAUUAUGGCUAACAUGCGCAGCGAAUGUGCGGCCUUCUCCUGCGACGGGGCCGACGCCAGCGAGCCACCAGUCCGGUUGAGCUGGCUGCCUCUUGCGGAGCCGGUCGCCCUCUUGGCGCACUGCGCCGCCGUCGCCCUUGGCAUGGACGAGGUGCAUGCGGAGACAGGCGGCGACCCCCGCGCCACGCUGCGCCUGGCGAGGAGGCACCGCGUCUCUCUCCUGGCGGCGCCAGCAGUCUUCUUCCGCCGGGCCUCCGAGGAGCUGCGGAGAGCCUCCAGCGAUGCGGCCAGGCGCGGGGCGGCCGCGGGGGCGUGCGACCUGGAGUGCGUGCGCGUGUGGGUGGUGCAUGGAGCACUGGGAGACGACGACGCGGCCGACUUCCUGCGACUGGCGCGGCCCAGCACAGGCAUGCCACCGGGCCUCGCUGCGCCGGCGGUGCGCAGGGCUCUGGUGGCGCCCUGGGGCUGCCUGCUGGCCGUGGGCGACCCGCUGGCUGGAGCGGAGCUGCGCUGGACGCCGGCGCCUGGCCUGGAGCUCCGCGCGCUGGCGCGGGAAGCUGCGACCAGCUGCGCGCCGAGCUCCGGUGGCUCGCCGCCGCGCCUGCAGGUCCGGGGGUCUGCGGCCGCGCCUGGCGUGGCGUGGGGCGCCCGUGCAGGGCGUUGGGCCGUGGCGCUCGGCGGGUGGGUGGACGCCCGCUGCGCGGGCACCGUGGUCAGCGGACGGCUGUCGAGUGCGUCGCUGGACCAGUGUCUCGCUGGAGCAGGGGAGAGUGUCCAGGUCUCUGGCAGCGUGGAGUUUGCCCCAGCGGAGAUCGAGUCCGCGAUAGAGGCCGCGCCUGGCGUGCUGCGGGGCUCCGCCGUGGCCGUGGCCGCGCGGCUGCCAGCAGGCGGCGGCCUUGAUGGCAGAGAGACUCACCGGCAGCGUGGCCUUGCCAUCGCGUUCUCAGCCGUGGAGCAGGCGCCUUCCAGCAAGCCGGUGGUCACCGAGGCAGUUCUCAACCAGCUUGCCCUGUCCCUCGGUAUCCGUCCGCAGCUGGCCGUCCUGUUUCCCCGCGCUGACGUGCCGCGCGACUGCGCCGGGCAGCCAGACCGCGCCAGAGUGAGGGCGGCGAUCGAGGCGGGCGCCUUCGGGGAGGCAGCGCUGGACUCGCGGCGGUCAGCAGCGGAGGCGCUGCCUGGCGACUGGGUCUGGGAGGAGGAGUUCCGCCCUGGCGAGGUGCCCCUUCCACCGGGGGCCGGGGCCGGCGGGGGAGAAGACGACGACCUGGGCGGCGACGACAUCGAGGAGCGCAUGGAGGGAGCGGCGUCCGAGGAUGGCAGUGACGCUGCCGGAGCGGUGGAGCGAGAGGCGGCCAGGACGCUGGUCGUGUGCGACCCGGCGUCGCAGGUCGGAGACCAGAUAGUCUCGAGACUGCAAGAGGACGGAGGAUGCGUGGCGAAGGUGCGUGCUUCACGAGGCUCAGGAGAAGCAGAGGAUUGGGCCGCGCUGCUAGCGGGGGGCGUGACGAGCGUCGUGCACAGCACGCAGUAUUCCUCCGAGUCGGAAGCCUCGGAGGGAUCCGAGGCCGCCGUGGAGCUGCUGGCACUGCUGCAGGCCUGGCGGCGCGAACGCCACGGCGCCCCAAGCGAGCCUCUCAGGCUGCUGUGCCUGUCCUCUGGCCGCCACGUGCGGGUCGCGGGCGCACGGGUGGACCCGCGCAAGAGCAUCCUGCUGGGCGUGCUGCUGUGCGCGGCGACGGAGUGGCAGCAGCUGCGAGCGGUGCAGCUGGACGUGGCGCCGGAGCUGCCAGAGGCGAAGGCGGCGCACGCCGCAGUGGCAGAGCUCCGGGGGGCCGCGGGAGGCCCAGCCAGCGAGGUCCUCGUGGACGCAGAGGGGCAGCGCUUGGAGCGCCGGCUGCGGCAGGCUCCGCUGCUGCCAGCCCCUGCCCAGCACGGACGGCCGCGGGCCGCGCUGCUCGUGGGAGGCGCUGGCGGCGUCGGCCUGCUCUGGGCUAAGUCCAUCAAUGCAGAUCGGACCUCAUCCUUGAGCCACCGAGCAGAGACGCUGGUAUUGCUCGGCCGCUCCCCGCUCUCCACGCGCCGCGCGGAGCGGGCUCUGGCCGCCCUCUCUGGCAGCGGGGCGGACGUGCUCUACCUGCAGGCGGACCUGGGCGACCCGCGGCAGCUGAAGAGCGCAUUCCAGGGGUGCAUCGCUGCUGGGAGGAUCGACUACGCGGCCAGCUUUGCCGAAGCGUUCCAGGCCCCCGCGAGCCUGUUCGGCUUGCCGCUGGGUGCCCUGCAGGCGCCGGCCCACAAGCUGCGCGGCGCGCGCAACUUGCUGGAGCUGCUGGCACGCUCGCGGGCGCCAGCCACGCGGCAGGUGGCCGCCACACCGGUGCUGCUCGCGUCGACGGUGGUCGGGCUCCUGGGCGCCCCCCAGCUCGCACCCUAUGCGGCCGGCGCGCGGGCGCUGGAGGCACUCUGCGCGAAGGAGCGCCUGGGGAGCGGCCCACUGGACCCCAGGUUCGGUAUCGUGUGUGUGGCUCUGUCGGCGUGGGCGGACGUGGGCAUCACGACCGCGUUCCCGGCAUUGGCCGACUCCGCGCCAGCAGCGGGCUUCCACGUGUUGUCGCAUUGCUCGGGGCUGCUGGCCUUGGAGGCGGCCUUCGCCAAGUUUUCACCCCCUCGGUUCGGCACGCUUUUUGUGGGCGUAAACGGACAACACCCGCGCUGGGUCCAACUGAUCGCAAGCGGCGAGACCAGCGCCACCAUGGCCACCACGGAGACGUUGCCCGGCUGCAUCGAGCUGGUCUUAGGCACAAUCAAAACGGUAUUGGGCAAGGACGUCAAGCUCGGAAGCAGCUUUGGCGAGGUCGGGGUUGAUUCCAUGUCGUCCAUGUCACUGCGCUCGGCGCUCGUGUCGGCGACGGGGGGGCUGGAGCUGCCCUCGACAGUGUUCUACGACCUCCCCUCGGUGCUCGAGCUCGCAAAGUUCAUCCACGGUGAGGCCGCCCCAGGCGCCGGAGGCAAGGCAGGCGGAGGCUCUGCGCCCGUCGACGCGGGCGCGCAGGGGCCAGCGGCGGCCUACCACCCCGACGCGGCGCUGGAGGCGCUGCUGGAGGACGCAGAGGCGCGCAGGUCCUACCACCUGGGCCUGGCGAGGGAAGCGCUUCGCUGCGGCGACGCUGCUGCCGCGCACGAGCGCUGCCUGUGCGCCAUGGACGGUGCCUCAGGCCCUGCGCUCGUGUCAGCUCUCGCGCUGGACGCGGUGGCGCUCGAGCGGACGGGCGCCGCCAGCGCGGCGGGGGAAGCCCUUGCGCGGAGCUUGGAGGCGCAGCAGGCUGCCGCGGGCCCGCUCCACGUCGACACAGCGGCCGCGGUGGUGCAGCUGUGCCUGUGGUGCGACCGCCAUGGCCAGUCGGACUCUAGGGCGCGAGAGCUGCGGCGGCGGCUGGGGGAGGCGCGCCGCGCGUUCUUCCGCGGCAUCUGCUGGCCAGCCACGGCCUGGUGGACACCCGCAGAGCCGGAAGCCUCGUUCGCUCAGGUGCUCUCGAGCACGUCUUUGCGGCGUCUGAGUUUCGAUGGGCAGGGGCUCGCUGAUCAGGAUCUUGGGGCGCUGGGCGUCGCCUCAUCGCUCGAGGUGCUACGUCUCAGGCGCAAUGGCCUGCGCCAGUUGCCGGCCGUGUUGGGGCGUCUGGUGCAGUUGCGCGAGCUGUGGCUCACGUCGAAUUUGCUACAUGACUUGCCUGCUGAGUUGACCGCUUGCUCCCGCUUGCAGGUCUUGGCGCUCGAGGCGAAUUGUUUCGCCCGGCUGCCCACCGUCGUCAGCAGCUUUCGCCGGCUGCUCCAGCUCGGCUUCGACGAGCAGCGCUGCGAGGUGGGCGGCGUGGGCCAGUGCCGUCUGCAGGCCCAGGUUCUGUCGGUACUGCGCGCUAGAGGAUGCGCUGCUGAAUUUCCAGAUCUAUACUUGCCAGGCGGAGGGGGCCCGAACCUCAACACCGUCUUCUGGGCCAACAACGCGCUGGCAGCUGUGCCGGCGGUGCUCGGGCACUUUGCCUCCUCGCUGAGGCUCUUGGACCUGGCGCACAAUCGCAUCGCCGCUCUUGGAGAGGAACUCUUCGGCUCGCUGAGCAGCCUGCGGGACCUCAGCCUCGCAGGCAACCGGCUGACGAGCUUGCCGGCCGCGGUGGGCACGAUGCGCGCUCUGCAGCAGCUGUGGCUCCAUGGCAACGCGCUGGAGGAGCUGCCAGAGGAGCUCGGAUCCUUAGGCAGCCUGGCGAUUCUGGAGCUGCACCACAACCGGCUCAUCUCGCUACCAAUCGCGGCAGUGUCGCGCCUCCACAAGCUCAACUGGCUGUUCGCCCACGGGAACCAGCUCACCGACGGGGCUGGACUGCUCGCGGCUCUGGGCCGGCUGCCGCGCCUGAAGAUCUGCGGGCUGGGGGCGAACCGACUGGAGCUCGGAGGGCUGGACCUCGGGAGCUUCAGGUCGAGCUUCGGCCUCGGCUGGAACCCCGGGCUGGUUCCUGGCGGCGGCGUCCUCACAGAGGCCCUGACCACCUGCGACCUCUCCUGGGACAGGCUCGACGAGUGCGCGCUGCAGGACGUGCUCGUCGUCACGUUCUCGGCGCAGGGCGCUCCGAUCGCCCAGGGCCAGGCAGAGGUGCGUGCCCUGCGUGACGCGCUGCUGCCCGUGGACGCGCUGUACGUCUGCGACCCCGCCAACGCGUGGUACCUGCAGGACCCAGGCUUUGAUCCAGCUAGGUCUUUCUUAUUUCGACAGCAACAUCCAGCAGAUCACGCAGCAGUACCGGUGUGUGUUUAUGUGGGGCGGCUCGAUGGGAGGGUCGGCGGCGCUGCUGUUUUCCCACCUGGCGAGCUGCGUGCACGCUUUCAGCCCUCAGGUUGA